AACAAACUGGAAUAAACAGCUGUUUUUAAUUCAAUGGGGGCAUGUUAAAAUUGCGAAACAUUGCAUUUUAUUAAGAAAAAUUGUAGAAGUCACGAAAUAAAACAUGCUUCUACAUAGAGCGUUAUGUCGCAGCUGGACCCGGCAAAUUGCCGAACCAUUAUUGCCCAGUUACAGUAGUAAAUUACUGCGACCACAUACAAUAAUAGUGCGCUCGAUGCGUAGCAGUCCACGCCAUCAGCGUCCACCACGUAGCGGCAGCCUACAAACAUCGCCACCAUUCGAGAAUUAUACUUUGGGUGGAGCAGUGCCGCCAAGUAACGUAGUGAAGGCUCUUGUAUUCACGGGCGCGUUCAGUGUUGGAUGCUUCAUGAGUGUAACUAUACUUGAAUAUGAGAACACACGUAAUAUGAUGAUAGAAAAGGCACGUCAAAGUAAAUUUCCUUGGCUACGAAGACAAAACGUCAGCCAGGAGAGAAAUGUGUGGCAAGAACUAAAACAGGAAGUGAAACAACAUUGGGAUAAACUUACACCCGGUGAGCGGGUGUUUGUGCCACUUUGUGCAUUGAAUGUAAUAGUAUUUGGACUUUGGCGUGUACCAUCAUUGCGUAACACUAUGAUGACUUAUUUUUGUUCGAAUCCUGCAGGACGUGCCGUUUGUUGGCCAAUGUUCCUAUCGACUUUCAGCCACUACUCAAUGUUCCAUUUAUUCGCCAAUAUGUAUGUUUUGCAUAGCUUUUCCAACGCAGGCGUUUUGUCUUUGGGAAAAGAACAGUUUUUAGGUGUAUAUUUGAGUGCGGGUGUGAUUGCCAGCUUGUCAAGUAUUAUCUAUAAAACGGUGACUUCUAAGGCAGGACUUUCAAUAGGCGCGUCCGGCGCGAUAAUGGCGAUUUUGGCUUAUGUUUGUGCCAAGUAUCCAGACACGCAGCUAAGCAUAUUAUUCCUGCCUAUGCUGAAUUUUUCGGCGGGAGCGGCCAUUAAAGUUAUAAUGGGAUUCGAUCUGGCUGGUUGCAUAUUAGGCUGGAAGUUCUUUGAUCAUGCUGCGCAUUUAGGUGGUGCUCUUUUUGGACUUUUCUGGGUUUACUUCGGUACAGAAUUAUGGCAGAAGCGGAUACCAUUUCUGACAAUGUAUCAUGAUUUGCGCAAAACUAAAUAGCAGUUCUAAAACAAAAGCUUUUAUGUUAAAUUCAAAACUAGUUAAAACACAUAAUUGUGUGGUCAAUAAUAAUUUUAAAUGCGUAGUUCGGUAAAUUAUUAUUAUUAAGUAGUGAAAACACAUACAUAUUUUUAUGCAUUCUUAUGUAUUUAAAUCGCUAACGUUUUUUCAUGAGGCAAGAACAAAUAAAAGCAAAUCUUAUAUUUCCAAA